AUGGCUAAGGCGACAAGGCGGGUUGACGAAGUAGCGGAUCGGGGUGCAGUGGUUGACCCGAUGGUAGGGGUGGCUUCGGAACAGGGCGAGGCGGAGGCGAGGCCGCCUUAUCCGGGGUGGCUUGACGGAGAUGCAAGGCCGCUCGGCCUGGGCGGCUCAGCGCGACCCCGAACGGAGAUCGAGGCAGAGACCAGCGGAUAUGUAGGUGGCUCAAGGCUGUGGUGUCAAGGGCGAGGCGUAGGUGAAGCUGCUUGGCCAGGGUGGCUCGGCGACAACUUGGUCAGGGCGACUCGCGCCAGCUUGGAAGGCUGGCGGCCGGCGGCACCCGUGGGUCGACGACGGUGGCAGGUCGCUUGGCGUGGGGUCGACGGAGGCAGAGGUGACUGGGCGCAGCAGCGGUGA